AUGUUGUUGUGGCUGUGGAAGUGUUUGGGCGAUGUCGUGUCUGUUGUAGACAUGGCCGGUGCCACAGUAAUUGUUGAAGACGUGGUUGACGGCGUCGCGGUUGUUGUACAUGCUGUCACUGUAUCAACAACAGGUGUUGUAGCUGGCGUUUAUAUGCUUGAAGUUUCAGUUAGAGUAAGCCGAAGCACAGAGUCCACCACUCACAGUAUUGUGUGGAUUUACGCAUACCGAGCAGUCAACAACAGUCGAGCAAGCUGCUGUUCGUAG